AUGAGCCUGGAAUUUUCCCCACAUAUGCCUCGAGCAAUUUCUGAAAGCCUUGGCAACCUGGUGAUCAAUUCAUCGUUCCAAACUCUGUGUUGUUUGCUGAUCAUCGCGGUUUUUCGAUUGGCGAACACUGAAACGUCCUCAACCGAAUACAUGACGACGACUGAAGAAUCCGAAGUCAAACCGUGGACAAAAGAAAAUGCAGAAAAAGACGGUCAUUCGGACGUUUCUACAGCUGAAGCCACAAUAUUUUCGAUAGAGAUGUUGCCAAUCUGGGAACCGAAUUACCCCGGGUGCUUUGUUUUUUGUAAAGACGACCUUGGCUGUCCAAGUUCAUUCCAUCCAGUACGGUUUCGGCCGAUGGAUGCACGACCUGGUGGGUCGUCUGCAAUACCCGAUUGGCAUGGUUCCCUUUCCCGAGUAACGGCGCCUGAGGCAACAUGCAUUACACCCAAGAUGGAGGGGGCAGUCAUCCUUGCUUUGACAGGCCGUGUUGCACCUUGGGUUCCUGGGUGCCAACCGUUUCACCAGUUUCUGUGGAACCAGAUGUCUCACGCGCUAGAAAUAUGCGACUUUAGUGAAGCGGUCUCCGAACGCCAGAAAAUGCGGCUCCAGUUGCAUGUCAAACAGGGAUUGUCCCAUGUUUCGUCGGUGUCGAUCCUGUUGCAUUCGGCAGAGAAACAAAUCCAGGCCGCCACCAAGUGUUGGCAUUUGCACUACAAUUUUCAGAGGAUGCAUAAAACCGCCUCGUCGUUGAAGGAUUCAUUUCCACCGAUAAGAAUAAAUAUCGUGACGUGUGUAUUUAGAGACAAAGUCAUCGAUUCCAAAAACUAUCCGAUUAUGAACAGCACAUUUUGUUUCCGGACAAAUCGACUCCAGCUGAAGAUCACCCAAAACAUGACUGACACAUUCGAAGCCGAAGCUUCGCCACUUCCGGGGUACGAAGAAGAGGAAGGAAGUGAUGAUUCGAAUCUAUUGUCAUCCGAUGCCUCACCAUUUUUGAGACUUGUGAAAAGGUCGCCUCAAAGGAACACCAGAUGUGGCAGUAGCUGUUUGUCGGACGCCAAUUGCCCAACCAAUCGCAGGUGCAAAACCUGUUGCAUUUGGCAUCGAUACAAACGAGGGCCUAGGCCGAGAACUGGUGUUUGCAUGACGUAUUACCAAGGAUGUCAAAGACCGCCUAGAAGCAUCAUCACAAUGAUGAAAGCCACUCGCCGAAUGUUGUGUUGUUUGCUACUUGUCACGAUUGUGCACUUGGCAACUGCUGAAUUAUCAUUCAUCAGCCAAAACAUGACUGACACAUUCGAAGCCGAAGCUUCGCCACUUCCGGGGUACGAAGAAGAGGAAGGAAGUGAGGAUUCGAAUCUAUUGUCAUCCGAUGCCUCACCAUUUUUGAGACUUGUGAAAAGGUCGCCUCAAAGGAACACCAGAUGUGGCAGUAGCUGUUUGUCGGACGCCAAUUGCCCAACCAAUCGCAGGUGCAAAACCUGUUGCAUUUGGCAUCGAUACAAACGAGGGCCUAGGCCGAGAACUGGUGUUUGCAUGACGUACUACCAAGGAUGUCAAAGACCGCCUAUCCACGGAUCCCAAAACUCAAUGCCCAACCUGUCCUUCGAAAAUGACACGAACAACAGAAUAUGGAAAAACUUCGGACAAAUUUCGGACAAUGAGAUUUCGAAGCAAGAUUUUGUGCACACAAAGGAAAUCAACUCUACCCUG